UGAUUUGUGGGUGGAUUGGGGAGGGGAGAGGAAGUUGGGGGGUGCAGCCCUGACUGGCCGCCUCCCCGCGUAUAAAAACUCCGACACAAGCCUUUCUUCCUUCUCUUUCUGUUACCUGGCUAGGGGCAGUAGCUGCGGCUGAGUGAUCGCGUAACACCGAAACGAAACGAAGUAACCAUGGGAAAGGAAAAGUUUCACAUCAACAUCGUGGUCAUCGGCCAUGUCGACUCCGGCAAAUCCACAACUACCGGCCAUCUGAUCUACAAGUGCGGGGGCAUUGACAAGAGAACCAUCGAAAAGUUCGAGAAAGAAGCUGCUGAGAUGGGCAAGGGCUCCUUCAAAUAUGCCUGGGUUUUGGACAAACUGAAGGCAGAGCGUGAGCGUGGUAUCACCAUUGAUAUUGCUCUCUGGAAGUUUGAGACCACCAGAUAUUAUGUCACCAUCAUUGAUGCCCCUGGUCACAGAGACUUCAUCAAGAACAUGAUCACUGGAACAUCACAGGCUGACUGUGCUGUGCUGAUUGUGGCUGGUGGUGUAGGUGAGUUUGAGGCUGGUAUCUCCAAGAACGGACAGACCCGUGAGCACGCCCUCCUGGCUUUCACCCUGGGAGUAAAGCAGCUCAUUGUGGGAGUCAACAAGAUGGACUCCACUGAGCCCCCCUACAGCCAGAAGCGUUUUGAGGAAAUCACCAAGGAAGUCAGCGCUUACAUCAAGAAGAUUGGCUACAACCCAGCCACCGUUGCCUUUGUGCCCAUCUCUGGUUGGCAUGGUGACAACAUGCUGGAAGCCAGCAGCAAUAUGUCCUGGUUCAAGGGAUGGAAGGUUGAGCGCAAGGAGGGAAAUGCCAGCGGCACCACCCUGCUGGAGGCCCUUGACUCCAUCCUGCCCCCUGCCCGCCCCACUGACAAGCCCCUGCGUCUUCCCCUGCAGGAUGUCUACAAAAUUGGAGGUAUUGGAACUGUACCCGUGGGCCGUGUGGAGACUGGAAUCCUGAAGCCUGGUAUGGUGGUGACCUUUGCCCCUGCCAACGUGACCACUGAGGUCAAGUCUGUGGAAAUGCACCAUGAGUCCCUGCCUGAGGCUCUUCCCGGUGACAAUGUUGGCUUCAACGUCAAGAACGUCUCUGUCAAGGAAAUCCGUCGUGGCAACGUAGCUGGAGACAGCAAGUGUGAUCCCCCCAUGGAAGCUGGUGUCUUCACUGCUCAGGUCAUCAUCCUGAAUCACCCUGGACAGAUCUCCCAGGGCUACGCCCCUGUGUUGGACUGCCACACUGCCCACAUUGCCUGCAAAUUUAGCGAGCUCAAGGAGAAGAUUGACCGCCGUUCUGGCAAGAAGCUUGAAGACAACCCCAAGAACCUGAAGUCUGGAGACGCUGCCAUUGUUGACAUGGUUCCUCAAAAGCCCAUGUGUGUGGAGAGCUUCUCUGAAUACCCCCCUCUUGGUCGCUUUGCUGUCCGUGACAUGAGGCAGACCGUUGCUGUUGGUGUCAUCAAGGCUGUGGACAAGAAGACUGCCUCCAGUGGCAAGGUGACAAAGUCUGCACAGAAGGCUGCCAAGAAGUGAAUUCCUCCCCCCCAGGCUGUCCCUCAGGGCCUGGGGUCUGCAGUGCCCCAUUACACCUUGUCUCAGAACCUGAGCUCCCUCUUAAAGGACUGGCUAAUGCUGAUCAAAACUCAUCGCAAAAGUUUCCGCAGGAAAAAAAAAUCAAGGAAAUUCUUGGCUUCAUAAAUUGAGUGACAGUGCCUCUCAGUUUAAAUUUGAGUUGAUUGGAAAGCUGCACUUGUUUUGAACAUGUCACUUAUUGGAUUGGAAAGCUGCUGUUAAACUAAUAAAGGUCUUUGGAUUUCUUGAUCAUUUAA